AUGGAUUGGCUCCCUCACCGAACAGCUGCUUUUCUGUUCCUUUUGUCGGUACUCUUGGAUUUCAGCACAGGAUUUCAUGUAGAGGUAAAAGAGUGGGAUGAAAAUGGAAUGGCAAGAUGGAAAACCUUUAGAAGACAAAAACGUGAAUGGAUCAAAUUUGCUGCAGCUUGUAGAGAAGGAGAAGAUAAUUCCAAGAGGAAUCCAAUUGCCAGAAUCCGAUCUGAUUGUGAAGAAGACAAUCCAAUCACAUACAGCAUCUCUGGAGUUGGAAUUGAUCGUGCACCCUAUGGAAUAUUUGUUGUUAACCCAAGAACAGGAGAAAUUAAUAUAACAUCAAUAGUGGAUAGGGAAGUAACACCAGUAUUUGUUAUACGUUGCUUUGCUAAACACUCGGUGACCGGUGUAGAUUUGGAACCACCUCUUGAACUUCGAGUCAGAGUCCUGGAUAUAAAUGAUAACCCUCCUGUAUUUGCACAAACUGUAUUUACAGGAUCUGUUGAAGAGAGCAGCAUGGACAAUACCCUGGUGAUGAAAAUCAUUGCAACAGAUGCAGAUGAACCUAACCAUUUGAAUUCUAAAAUUGCCUUCAAAAUAGAGAGUCAGGAACCUUCUGGUCCCCCCAUGUUCAUUAUGAAUAAAUACACAGGAGAACUCCAUCUUGCAAAUUAUCUUGACAGAGAGCAACAUAGUAGUUACACUCUGGUUGUGAAAGCAUCAGACCGGGAUGGGGCUGCAGAUGGAAUAUCAUCCCUUUGUAGCUGUAACGUGAAAGUUAUCGAUGUUAAUGACAACUUUCCAACUCUUGCUCAAAGCUCUUUUUCAGCAAGUAUUUCAGAAAAUUCACUCAGUUCAGAACUGCUACGAAUACAAGCUCUGGAUGCUGAUGAAGAGUUUACAGACAAUUGGUUAGCAGAGUUUUUCUUUAUAUCCGGUAAUGAAGAUAACUGUUUUGAAAUUGUUACAGAUCGAGCUACAAAUCAAGGAAUUCUCAGAGUAAUUAAGGAACUGGAUUUUGAACAUAUCAGAACUCACUCACUGAUGAUUGGCGUCAGGAAUGUAGCUGCCUUCCACCACUCUGUUGCACAUGAGUACCAAAUAUUUGGAACACCUCUCACAGUAGAAGUAAAAAAUUUGAUUGAACCACCAAGAUUUCAUCCAUCUUCAGUUGUGUUUUCCCUGGCAGAAGGUGCAAGAGUGAAUUAUGUUGUAGGAACAUACACAGCCAUGGAUGAGGACACUAGAACUGUUGCGACAAAUGUUGUAUAUAGUAUAGGACGUGAUCCAGCUGCCUGGUUCAGAAUCAAUCAAAACACUGGUGAAAUCACACUGAACAAAGUUAUUAACCGGGAUUCAGUCUAUGUAGUCAAUGGGCAGUACCAAGCAGAGGUUCUGGCUAUCACCAGAGGGGUUCCUCGAUAUACUGCUACUGGUACCGUUGUUCUUUCAAUAGAUGGCAUCAAUGCCAAUUGCCCAAGUAUUAAUACUGAGAUGAGGAAAGUAUGUAUGCAUUCCCCAUCAGUGAUUAUCUCAGCAAAGCAGAGGGAUGGUGAUCUCUAUGCUACCCCCUUUACAUUCAGCAUACAUGGUGAACCUCAGACUACAUGGAUUAUCAGACGAAUAAAUGAUUCCUCUGCAGAACUAGUGGGCCAGAACAUAGACUUUUACCUUUAUAGGAUCUAUGUCGUUGUAAGAGACAGCCAAGGCCGGCGCUGUGCUAGACCACACAUAAUUCCUGUGCAAGCCUGCCAGUGUGAUAGUCGGAAUUACUGCACCAGUGGGGCCACAAGAAUAAUUAUCAUUGGUGGUGGUGGUGGUGGUGGAGGUGUUGAUUAUGACCAGAAUAGACCUUUUGAAGACCACACAGAAUGGCAGGGUUAUACUGACGGCUAUGAUGGAGGUGAGGAAGGAUACACUGCCUCCACUGAUGACGGUUAUGCUGGAAAUGAAAAUUAUGGCCGACAACUCGAAUCCAAUACCACACUUAGUGGGGCUGCCAUCGGCCUGAUGUUUCUCGGUGGAUUAAUAUUUGUUUUGAUUCCAAUUUUGAUGUCAAUGAGUGACUGUUGUGGCUGUGGACCUGGCGCUGCAGGAGGAGUUGGAACUGGAUUUGAACCUGUACCUGAAUGCACAGAAGGAGCAAUUCAUCCAUGGGGAAUAGAAGGUGCACAGCCUGAAGACAGGGAUGUCUCGCACAUUCUUGCCCCAACAACUGCUGCAGGAGGUGAUUUUGGUGAACCUUCUGAUAUAUAUAAUAACACAUAUGGAGGAGGAGGAGUAGUAGCUUCUGGUGUUGAAGAAACUACAGGUGUUGGCUAUGGCACUGGUACUGGCUACGGAACAGCUGGAGGAAUUUCUGGAACAGGGGAAGCAAAAGGGUCAAUUGGAGGAACAAUAAAAGAGUAUCGAGAAGGAGGAGUGAACAUGGCCUUCCUGGACAACUAUUUCUCUGAGAAAGCAUUUGUGUAUGCAGACGAAGAUGAAGGUCGGCCGGCAAAUGACUGCCUAUUAAUUUAUGAUCAUGAAGGAGUCGGUACUCCAGUUGGCUCUGUGGGUUGCUGCAGCUUUAUUGGAGAAGAUACAGAUGAAACAUAUUUGGAUACAUUAGGACCAAAAUUUAAGACCCUAGCAGAGAUCUGUCUCGGCAAAGAGAUUGAACCUUUCCCUGAUGUCAACCCACCCUGGCCAGGCGUCGUCAACAUUCCCUUCCCCAGCCCUGAAAGUGAUCUAAACCUCCCUCCACCUGGCACCACCAUCGUUGUCAAUGGAAGCGCACCCAUGCCUGCCCCAGUUGGCACUACAACAGUUGUCACUGAAAACACCUACACGUCUGGGACAACCAUACAGCCCCCAAGGCCAAUGCCAGAUCCCUUGCUCCACGGCAACAUGACGGUGACCGAGACCUACACCUCUGGCUCCCCCUCUCUUUGCGUUGACCCUCUGCGUGCAUCCAACGUCGUGGUGACAGAGAGGGUUGUGGGGCCUGCGUCUGCCUCUGAAUUGCGUGGCAUGCUAGAUAUCCCCGACCUCACAGAGGGCUCCAACGUCAUCGUCACGGAAAGAGUAAUCGCGCCUAACUCCCGACUGCCGGCAUCUCUGAGCAUUCCUGAUUUGGUAGAUGGGUCCAAUGUGGUAGUGACAGAAAGGGUGUUCAGGCCUGCCUCCGGCAUGCCGGGCAGCCUAAUAAAUAUCCCCUCAGAGUUAUCCAACGCCCACAACGUGGUGGUCACAGAGAGAGUAGUGUCAGGGUCUGGGAUGAGCAGCCUAGGAGGAACAAGUCUGGGAGGAGCAAAUCUGGGGGGCAUGAGCAGCACGGGUCAGAUGCUCAGUGCCGACUGUCACCUUGGCCAGGGAAUGGGCACGGCAUCUCCAGGCACCUCCCGGAGACGAGUGACAAAGUACAGCACCGUGCAGUACUCCAGUCAGUAGGGCCUCUGCUGGCACCCCUUCCUGCUGAAAUCGCCAUUUGCACCAACACUCAUUAGCUGCCACCCAUCAAGAAUAUUGUUAUUAUUUAUAACUAAGAAAUAGCGCUAAAAUUUCAGGGAUUUCUGCUUGUGUGAGGAUCUCUGACGGGUGCCCCAUUUUGAGUUCAAAUGCAGGACUUUGUCAGUGAAGGGAAAAUAGAAGUUAGCUUUAAAUUUCUUUCUCUCCACCUAGCACUGCAAGUGUAUAAAGAGACUAGUAUUUUUGGAGAGUUAUCUGAUGAUCGAGGAGAGCAGUGAGAGAGGAUCCUUGCGUGCACACAGUACCAGCAUAAAUUAAUGUCAUACAAAAGCACGUUAAAAUACUGUGCAGCUGAGUGAUCUCUCACAAUAAGCAGAUUUGGGUUAAUAGGCCCUCACUGACAAGAGAGGAAAAGAAUGUAGUUAAUAAUUAGUCAACUCAAGACUAAAUAAGCACUUUUAAACGCAUCAUUUUACUUUGUAUGUAAUUCAAGAAGCGCUACAAAACGGCACUUUCAACCAUUCCUCCCAUCACCAACAAUAGUUAUAAAUAAUAAUUAUAUAAACAUAAUACACUUCCAUUGCUUUCUGAAGUUCUCAGUAAACAAACACCUUGACACAGCCUGCCAUGCUGUUCCUAUCAUGGUGAGGAGCAAUUUGUCGCAGCUGCUGCUGCUGCGUUGACACUGUCACCCAAGAAGAUGUUGGCUUCAUCCUUUCUCCAUUGCCAUUACAGCUUUGCUUAAAUCCAAAAGGACUUCAGUGACAACCAGGAACUCUUA